AUGGCUACAAAUGCGAAAUUGGAAUAUGACAGACUAACUAAAAGAAUGCUGUAUUUUACUGACGAUGGCAAUACAUUAUACACCAUGAAAUUGGAUGGGUCUAAUGAAACAGUAAUUUCAUCUGGUAUUCAAAUGGAUGCUUUUACCAUUGAUUAUACAUCGCGAUUUAUUUACUACGUCGGCCCAGUAGAUACCGAUUUGAAAGGAUUUCCAUUGUCGGACAGCUCAAAUAUUUCCGAUCUAAUUCUUAAUGUAGGCAGCGUCAACGAUCUUGAUUUUGAUGGAAUGUCUCGGUAAGUUUUUAGCCUCGAGUACAAUAGUUUUAGUUGUACAAAUGAUUUUAAGUCCGAAUAACACAAUAUAUAUUGAUACCUUGUUGUAAAUGUUUACGCAAAGCUACAAUCAGUGACAAAAUACUUGGACCGGUAAGGCUGGGAUUGUGACAUAAUCCUCCUCCCCCCUGUUCAAUGUUAUUAGACUAAAAUUGGCAUUUUAUUUGAAGUAGUUUUUAUGCUGUAUUGCUUUGCUGAUAACUCUCCCAGAACACACAAAAACAUUGAAAUGGAGGAGGGGGGUUUCACAUGUUGUUUUGCAAUUGUUUAUACAAAAAUAACCUUCCAAUUUGAGUGUCCCAUCUUUCAAUGUCAAUUGUAGACUCCUUUCUCACUAGACCUGAUGCGAUAGUUGAAGAUUUUUGGCUGUAUCUCACUAGUACUUUAAUGAUCUUUGCCGCAUACUUGAGCUUAUCCUCCACCUAGCAUCUGUGCUAAAAGCGGGUUUCUUAUUGGUUCCAAGCAGGUCAGUUUUUUCGAACUCGCCUACCCUUAGCCAAAUUCACCUUUACGUUACUGUCAGCGUCAAUAACAAUGGCCGACAACAUUUAGUCGAUAAACUCUGUGACUAACCUACUGAGACUGAAGAAAAAAAAAACAAAGAAAAAAUCAAAGGCCUUUGCAACCUCGCAAGCCAGAGUCUUUACUUCCGCACGGCGCUGUAGCGAGGCCGACUCACGGAUGAGAUCAAAUGAAAAUGAGAGAAAUAAUUAGAGCAGUUUGCAGUUGCUUUUGAAAACGGGUACCUUGCGAAUUUUGCCAUUUGUCGUUCUUCUUUCGCCAAACCAAAGAAACGUACGCGUGCUCCUGCCCGUUUUCCGGUUCUGAAAGGCCCGAUUCACAGUCAAACACUGUGCGCAAAGCAGGUUGCUCAUUUCCCAUUGUUUAACUGUUGCUUCGCAACAUCCGUGAGUCAAUUAUGAAAAAAAGGUGAUCUAGACGUAGAUAAAGUAGUAUUAACAAGAGCCCAAUGAUUUUUUGGCCUAAAAAUGUUGACAAAAUAUUGAGGAACAUAUCGCAAAGAGCUAGUGUAGCAAAACAAGACACGAAGAUUAAGUGUAGGGGAUAAAAACCAAACGUACUUGCACAUUGGAUGCGUCCUGGAUUGACGCAUCUUGGGGGACUUGUAGCUCUCCGAACGUAACUCGCUCUGUAGGUUUCGCAGAGCUACCAGCCCCCCUCGGUGCGUCAAUCCCAGACGCACCUCCCUUAGUACUUAAGUAUACAUUGAGCAUGUGUACUUUUACGUAUACUUUUACUUGUAUAUUUUUGUGUACGUGUACUUAGUAUGUGUACUUUUAGCAUGUAGCCGCCGGAGGUCUAGGGGAAUAGGCCACCGGAGGGAAGAAUUGAAGAAAACCGGUAGGUGUAAAGAAAUAACAAGAAGGAGGAAAAUCCCCUCCCGUCGCCAAGAUUUCUGGGAUAGCUUUCUAUAUGUUGGACAAGUUAUGGCAGUUAGCCGUCUCGCAAAAUAAAAACUGUUCCGCGGCAAAUGUUUUUAAGAUAAGGUAUAUAAAGCACAGUUUUCUAAAAAGUAUUCAUUCAGUUACCUGAAAGUACGAGUGAGAAAACAAGCACAAUGCACACUGAUACAAUUGACAACCAGUAAUUGCUGAUUGCCAUCUCAUCCCAUUAAUCCAAUCAUGUUUGAACCAAGACUUGUCGCAUUUCUGCAUACAACUACUUAAAAAACAAAGACGUGAAGAACGUAAUAUUGGCGUACCUUUGGCACAUAAGUUCGUGAAUCAUUGCACCCUGGAACAAGUGCCCUACACUAAUAAUUCGUUUGGUUUGAGAGGAAGAAGUUUAUUAAGAUCUUCCUCUUCAAUUCACAAAGAAAAAUAUGUAUCCCUAUCAGGUUUAUCAAACCUGUUACCAUUUUGACUAUAUGUAGUGUUCAAACUUUGUAUUCAGUUAAUCAGUUGACAAUAUUUUCUCGCGCUGUGGAAGAUGUUACCAGCUUAACUCGUCGCCAGUAUUUACAACUUUCAUUUUUGUUUUUGCAGCUUUCUAUUCUUUUCCAACACGGACAACUAUGGCAAUAUCGGUCAAUACAAUUUCACCUCAGAAACAGCGUCCGAAUUCGUUCCAGAUGGUCAAUUUCCUGGAGAUGUUAGCGUGGACGACACUGAACAAGUGGUUUACUGGACGAAUUUCUUAAGCUCGACCAAUUAUGCAGUUGAGAAGACAUACUACAACAAGACAACAGUUCGAUUGAAAGUCUUUAAUGGACCAAUAUCUGCUAUUAGACUCGCACAAGGAGAAAGAUACUUGUAUGUUCUCAACCCAACCCAUUCUCAGUUGGAAGUGAUUGAUAAAGGAACGGAAGAAGUUGUGGUAACGUACACCGUGAAGUCUGGAACAAGUGCAGUUGGAGCUGCUGAGG